CGCUGCUUACAAUUAGUUAAGCUCGACUUGUAACUCGUCGAUAUGUAUUAAAUAAUAUUAAAAGAAGUCUACGCGGUUGCUCCUUGAAUGAAACGUGUCGAAUAAAAAGAUAAGGGAAGGGAUAUAUCAUUAACGAUGCGCCUGGUAUUACUCCCGCUGCGAGAAUACAAAAUAAAAAAGCAACGAAAGAAAAGGAUUGACGGGUGACUCUGGUUAACUUUUCGAAGACCAGAAAAGUCUGCUCCAUCGAGACUUGGACUGCCGUGUCUCCCAGUCAAUGCAAUAACUCUGAAUAUCGUUUUAAAGUUCCUGCUAUGCGUUUACGGCGAUCGUCGACGGUACAUUAAAAGAAUAUUAAUCUCGGGACACGGUACAAUUUCAUUCGUUUCGAAACGACUACGAAAAGCAGUCUGAAGCGGUGCAGUGGCGAUGAAUUAGAAGCACACGAAACUCUCGACGAGUUUCACAAUGAUACGAGCGAGCGCGAACGAGUUUCGAUAUUCGUAAUGAGACGGUGGCGCGCUUAAUUAAUUGGAAGCCGUGAGUGUACAUUAAUUUUCCCGUCGUUACACAGAUUGAAAUAUUAAACGUCGUUUUACACCUUGCUACAAGGAGAGCUCAACGUAUCCAUCUGAAUGUUUAAAUUCUAAAUUGAUCAUAACAUUUCUGAUUCGCCGAUAAUCUAUGUAAUCGAUUAUAGAAACAUAGAUAUACGUAGCGAUUUGCAAAAGUUUUUUUUUCCAUUCAACUAUAUAUUACUGGUGUAUACAUUUCGUCGCAUCCUUCUUCCGCAAGAUUUUUUAAACGAUCAAUAGGAACUAGAUACAUAUUUUCUUCAUUUCUAUCGCAGACAUCGUCUGGUACAAGUGGAUCCUGGAAUCAGAGCGAAAUGAUUAAAUAAAAUCAAAUCAUAGAGAGAGUAUACAUAUAGUAUAUAGUAUACAGAGUAGAGAUGGAGAAAUAGAGAAAAGAAAUAUUGACAAAAGGAAGGUCUCUGCAGGAGUGCAGCAAACGGGACGAUGGAAGUUCCAGGGGAUGAGGACAUUGAGGUGCUGCUCUCUCUCUGUCUCGCGCAUAGAUCUAGUUCCAAGUACCACUACGUGCGCAUCCAGCUGCUAGCGGUAGACUCGAAACGAAUCACCCAAAACGUAUAAAACGGAUAAGUUCAGAUAUUUCUAACUAACAAUAACUAAUAAUUAGAUUUUAUAGAUUCUUCAAAUCUGAAAAAUCCCAAACUAAUUAUUAUGUUUUUUUUAAAUUGACAAAGUUUGGCAUAGAUUAUUAAACAUCAUUUUGUAUGUACAACUUAUUACCAUGUAAUACAUUUAAACCUUUCAAAGUUUUCGAAACGUUUUUGAAUUGAAAUCAAUUCGAGUACCGUUGUGUGAGCAAAUUGUUGAAAAAUUUGCAAGAAAAAGGGUCAAAUACCCAUCGUUAGUGGAUUCACGUAUGUUCGCUACCGCUGACUACCACCGAGGCACACUUACGUCAGCGCAACCCUGUAUGCGGUGUGCACCCUUUUCCACAUAGCAGCGCGAGCAGUGUGCUGCAGCUGCAGCUGCAGCAGCAGCAGACCUACCUCUUUUCUCUGUGUACGUAGCAUCCUUGGUGGAGGGCGCGAGAUUGGUGGCACCCCAGUGACGUCAGAGCUGAUCGUCAGGCGCAAACUGAGGGUUGCCCACCAUAUACGUCAGAAUGACGAGCCGAUAAACUACCUAUCAGGCUUUUCUACGGCGGGCGGGCCAACGGUCUUGGGGUGACCGCCGUUGGUUUAGCCGGCGAUGGCGAAUUCGACGGGGUCGACGGUCGACGGCAUCGGCGUCGGUGUCGGCGAAAACGACGGUACGACAGGUGUGACCGGUGGUGGGCCUAGGAAUCCUUUGAUCUGCGGCGUCUGCCAUGACUAUUUCAACGAGCCUUGUCUGCUAUCCUGCUUUCACACCUUUUGUGCCCGUUGCAUCCGUGGCCCUCAUCUUGAGGGAAAGGUCUCCUGUCCCAUCUGCGGGCAACAGACACAAUUAAAAGAUGGGGCACAACUACCACCAGCCGAUCACUUGAUACGUCAGCUAGUUGAGUUGGCAAAUUCAGAGAAUCCACCUUGUGCCAACUGUGAUAAACGUGAUAAGUCUACCAUGUUCUUUUGUACAACAUGCGGGCAAGCACUCUGUACACACUGCAGAGAGCACACUCACCGUGCAAAGAUGUUUUCUGCUCACGAGGUGUUGCAUAUGAGCAAAUGCGCCAAGGAUACGCAACGUCGUUGCUCUACCCAUGGAGAACAGUACAUAAUGUAUAGCCAAAGUGCCAAGUGUAUGCUCUGCGCCACAUGUUUUCGCGAUACACCCGCGGACGCGAGGCUUCAUUGUAUCGACAUUGAAAGUGCCUGGCAGCAGGCAUCGAAAAAGAUGGAACGGGCGGUUAAUUCGAUCUGCGAGCUGCAGGCUGGCGUACGGGACGGGGUGUUGGCCCUAAAAUCGCAACUAGACGAACUACGACACAGUCUGGAUUCCGAGAAAAGGGCACUGAAUUCGUUUUGUCAGGGAAUGCAGGAAGCCAUUACGAAAACCCACAACAACGUAUUGGCAGAGCUGCAGCAACAAUUCGAGACGAAAGAAAGAAUGGUCUGUAGCCAGCUGUUUUCUCUAGGUUCCGCGUUUCCUGUCCUACAGACGCAUUUGAUGCUGUGCACCGCGUUCACCGGCGGUGCGACCAAGUAUCAGUUUCUCGAGUUAGCUCAUCCGAUGCUGGAGCGAUUGAGUCGCGUUGCCCAAUUGGGAUAUCCUUCGAGGCCACCUUUGCUAACUGCUCACCUCAAGACCAACUACAAAAAUGAAUUUUCUCGCGCAUUGCAGCCUUACAUAGGUCAGGCACAGACCCCGAAAGAAUCGUUGUACGAUCAAACUCAUUCGUUGGUUCAACAAGAUCCACCAGUGAUGCAGCAGCAGAGUAGCAAGUCGUCUCAGAAGAUUUCGUCGAAGAGCGGAACUGAUAGCGGACCGUUUUCCAAACACUGUAGAACAUUUGAUACCCAAUUAAACGAAUUGAAUCAACAGUUAAUGAUGGUAAAGGAACGUUUAGAGGAACUUCAUCGUGACGUAGCACUUUUGAGAAGAGCUAAUACUCCUCCGUUGGGUACGCGUUACGAGCAUGUAGCUAGAGAUUGUAAAGUAUUGGAGCAACAAUUGGAGCAUCAGCAGAUGGAAUUAGAACGACUUAGAAACGUGUUUGACGCAUUAUGGGAUGAACAGCUAUGUAGAAUUCAGAUGGAAAAAGAAAUAUUUCAUUCUCAGAUGAACGAUAUAAUGUCGUUGAGGAGUCAAGUGAAACAGCUGCAGAACCUUGCUCAACAAUUAGAACCUUUCGUGAAAUCCUUCUCUUCCGGUGUUAAUGCUGGUGAAAUAAGCAUGACAGCUUCUGACGCGGCCAGUACUCAACAUUUGCAAGCGUUGCUUGAUCAUCUGUCACGCUUGCAGAUGCAGGAACCGUCGCAACAACAAACUCAGGCUCCGAUCAAGGAUCACCGACAUUCUCGCACCACUGCCACCAGUGCUGAUAAUGCACUCUAUAUGAAAGAGAACAAAGAGAUACCGACGCGUUGUCGUACACCAUCCAGUAUUGGAGCUGUUUUGGACUCGAGCGGCAACAUCAUAGUAUACGGUUCAGCGAAAUCCUCGGAACAAAAAAGAAGCGUUCUUAGCCAAUUGAUCGAGAAAACUAGGAAUAAAGAAGAUCGCAAAAAGUCACCGGGUCGAGAAGAGGGUCGCGAUCGCAGUCAAAGUCGACGAUCGAGAAAAUCUCCGGACAGCACGAAACCCAAGACACCGCCUGGUCAUUCGUCCGUUAACAAAGUACGUUCUUUGUAUCGUUCUCUGAAAGGUGGUAGCGGUGACACAUCCGCCGAGGGACUCGAUCAACCGGAAAGAUGUACAGAUUCUCAGCAACCACAGUCGCACACGACUGGUAAGAACAAAUUCGUGAGGAUUGUAUGCAUGAGCGAGGAAGGGGAAUAUCAACGAAUAUCAGAGGCUUCGAGCAUUGGGGAGGCUAAGAAGCGUGUCCAGGCUCAGGUGCACGCGGUUCCUGACGAACAACCAAUUCCAACUGGCAAAGGAGCGAAAGUGUACCCAGCCAGUGACUCGGAGGACGUGUUCUAUGUGGAGGAGAAGGCGUCGAUGGAGGUGAGAAGACGUCGAAGAGCGAGCUGCGACAGUCUAAGCACCACCGGUUCAGGAAGCAGACGGUCGAGCAUUGCUGAUGGGACGGUAGGUCAAUCCGCGCAGCAGGAUCCGAGGAAAACACUGGUACUUUUGAUCGGAUCUACACCGAAGUCGUCGUCUCUGGUUCAGAAGCAGCGUUCCUGGGAAACGUUUCCACGGCCGAAAAGCAAACGCAGCGUGACGAGCAGCGAGGGUGCUGCCUCGUCCCUUAGUCAAUUGAAGAAAACGGAUAGCUUCGAGGGACACGAAGAAACGGUGAAAACUUUGGUCGCAGCCGUGCAAGAAACUAGGUCUCAUCUACGUCAUCAUCAUAUGCAUCAUCAUCGUCAUCAUCGGAAGAGCAAGACGAAUUAAAAGUUAUUCUGGUUCCGAUCAGAAUACGGUGAAAGAAAUUCAAUCAAGGAGCUUUUCUAUAGAGGUAUCCAGGUCAGAUAGUCAAGACGGCAGAAAAUAGAUGUUUCUUUCAGGCAUUCUAGAAAUGAAUCAAAUGAAAAGAAGUAUUUAUUAGAGAUUGCGAAUAGUUUCUUGGCUAUCUGGAAGGGAGUCGAAGAUCCUCCAAAUAAUGUCUAGCAUACAUUGGGGAAAGUAUUGUCGAUGGACUGUAUUUUAUCGAUCGUUAGAAUAUUCUUAUUCGUAGAACAAUAUCAUUCAGCGAAAGGAUACUACGAAUAUCUUUUUAUUCGUUUCGAAAAGAAAUAUUUUCAGCGUUUUAUUAGCAGUAUUAUUAUCAAGAAAAGGGCAUUCGUUAUGAUGUAUUACAGGCGGAGGACGAUCGUUAAGAAUGAACCAGAGAUUCGUUUGUCGUUUAAACUGUCAUUAAAAGGUAUUUGUAUUUUACAAGUACACUUUUUUACUGUUACUUUCGCGAAUAUCGCGAAAUUUUGGAGUUUCUUUUGCCUGAGUCUGGACCAAGCGUUUUCAUCAUUUGUAUCGCAUCUUAUCCAAUUCCUCGUGAUUUCUAGUCCCAUGUAUGUCUGGUCGGAGUUGUUUCAGGGUCAGUCAGCCUUUGAUAUAGAGCAAUUUUCGAUUUUUUUAUUAAAUAGCGUUUUGAUCGCAUUUUGAAACGCCGAUGGUCAUAAUAUCGCCGCUGCCAAUAGAGAAAUAAUAUAUAAGAAGUACAUAUAUAUAUAUAUAUAAACGAAACGAAAAGAAAAUGAAAAGAAAAAAAAAGGGAAAUGGAAAUAAAUACGUUGAUACUCUUUAUUGUUGAUGCAAUCCUUCAAUUGAUGAUCGAUGCAUUUUCAAAGAAAUGCUCGACAAUUAGGAUUAAUGCGAUACGUUUUUUGUCGAACGCACUAUGUAUGAAUAAAUACAAAGAGAGUUAGGACUAAUUAAAUAUUAUUAACGAAAGGAAAGAAAAUAAGGAAAGAAUUUCCCAUAAUGCUCAAAUCGCGCGUUUUCUUCUUCCCGAUUUUUAGAAUCGGUUUAGGUGGAAUUUCAUAAGACGAAACGAUCUCUAACUGAUUCGUUAUAAUUAAAGUUUAUAUGUAAUACCUUCAAAGGUACUUUAUACAAUGGUAUACCGAGUCGUAACGUCGCGCAACGGAAAAAUUAUUGUACAUGAUAAAAUGAUUCUUUUUGAAGGAGAGAAAAAAUAGCCUAAUUAUAAACAUACUCGUAACUGCCAGUUGCACGGGGAUCCAUCGUUUACAUUUUAAUACAUCCUUCCAACGGGAUGUAUUUAACUGUGAAAGAUUUUUUUUUUUACAAUUACACGUUCGAUCAUCGAAUAUCACGUAAUUGUACUGUUGAAACGAAGGUUCCUCGUGGAAGUUAAUACGAUCGUUAUUGUUCGUUUUUUCAACGAUUGAAUGAUCAUAAUCUUCGUACUGAUCAUGAGAAUGUUACAAUUAUAGCAAGUGUACACGGUUAAUCAUGUAUCAGAAAUGUCGAAUUACUAAUGAUAGAGAAAUAUAUAACUUAUGAAGUAUGAAAAUCGUUCAGCUGUUGCUAGAUGUUUCCAAUUUUCUCCGUUCCUCAGUGUAUCAUAAAGUAUAAGCACUUCUUUUAAUUUAUACCGUGGUAUCACAAUUCUGUUGCAUUAAGUUCGCUUAUAUUAUUAUUUUUAUGUUAAUAAAAUGUGGGAUAAUUUUCAAAUAUUUAAUUUACAUCUUUCAAUAAGUAUUUUGUGUACACUAGU